CUCCCUGCUUUUCUUUUUUGUUCAUAACGAUCAUGUCAGACGAUUCGAUGAAGGAACUCGAAGAGCAGUUGAACGCGUUCAAGUCUGAUUUGGAAAAGAAUCAAAACGAUGACGAGAAAGUGGCGAGCGUCCUGCUAAAACGCGCAGUAAUAUACGAGAAGCUCAACAAAUUUGAUCAAGCGCGGGCCGACAUUCAAACUGUACUACAGCGUAACCCUUCAAACGAAGCAGCUAAAAAACAAGCACAAGAACUGUAUACACGCACAUCAACAGCAGCGGCAAUUACAGCAACAGAGACGUCGCAGUCAACUAAAGAAAACAAUGAAGCCGAUCCACUCACCGCUCGGUUCCAACAGUACCUUCAACGCAUAUCCAGCAAUAAUCUAACGGAAAUCCGUUCCUUCAUCCAAACUAAUGACUUUGUUGACGUUUUGUUCGCAUGCGGCACACCCGAGGCAUCAACACAGGCCAAAGCAACAGCUUACAUGAUCCUCACCAAACUCUUCAACCCACCACCCGAGAUUCAAAAGGACUAUCCAAUCCAGCAGAUUAUUGAGCUCUGCGCUCGCUAUUUUUCGCGCAGCGUUGAUUCUGGAAAGAAUGCCGAGAAAUUACUGGCGUAUCGCACAUUGUUGGCAGUUUUUGAAACCAGUAUGACCAUAGGUGCUGCUAUUCUGAGCCAGGAAGGCACGGUUGAGGAAAUGAUGGAUACGAUUGAUUUUGAGAUACCCGAAGUCCAGCAAGCCAUGGCGGACAUACUGGCGAUUGCUUCAUCCGACAAGUCCUGCCAAAAAGUAAUUGUCAAACAUGGCAGUGAAUGGCUUGCCAAUACGGCAUCCAGAGCUAAAGACGAAAAGUUAAAAGCGACAGCACGAACAACAUUGACAAAGCUCCAGGCACAGCAGCAAUACGGACAGCAGGACGAAAAUAACGAUGGCGGCGACAAGACAACGGACUUCUUGCAAGAAGCUAUGAGCAAAGUGAACCUUGACAGCACCGAUUUGACAGAUACCCUGAUGGCAGCGAUCAAAAGUUACAAGACACAAGAUGAUUCUGUUGUGCUGAAUGCAGUAGAAGGACUUGCCUAUUCCACAUUACAAGGAAGUGUCAAGGAAGCUGUCGCUAAUGAUCCAGUACUGCUCAAAGCCUUGGUGGCAGUGGCUAUUAAUACAGCUGGUGCAAAUAGCAACCCGCUACUGUUUGGCAUCGGCACUAUUUUCAAAAACAUUACGACAUACAAGCCCGUUCUUGACGAGCAGCAAAAACAAAUCAAACGGUUACGCGAAAUGGCCAACGCCAAAAGUAAAGGAAAACCGGUACAGCCUGAACAAGAAGACGCAACCGAGGAUGAUUCGGCAGUGGAUGACCGUGUACGCGCAGCAGUAGACAAUGGUGCUGCUUUGGCGCUCCUUGUGCUAUCUAAAAACACCAGCGACAACCUGAAGGCUGUAGCCGCACAGACAUAUCUCAACCUCGUUACACCACAGACCACGCGCGGUAAGCUCCUUCAGCAAGGUAUUAUCAAAGGCUUGUUACCAUUAGCGCAGCAAAAGAAAGACGCAGCAUGCUAUCUGGUGAGCGCACAAGCACUUGCUAAGCUCGCCAUCACAUCGGACCCACGUAUCGCAUUUGGCGUGCAGACAUCCCACGAGCUCGUCGCUCCAUUUCUGGCGUUAUGCAAAGACAGCACACAACUGCGUCAAUUUGAAGGUUUAAUGUCGCUCACCAACCUUGCCUCAGUGGACGACCAAAUACGGCAACGAAUCUAUAUUGAUGGCGGCAUGUCAGCAUUUGAGAACCUACAGCUUUCCAAUAAUGACAUGGUACAGCGAGCAGCAACAGAAAUGAUUUGCAACAUGACAUUCUGCGACCCAGUAUUUGAAACUUACAGCACCAGUUCAAAUCGAUUAAGACUGUUGAUGGUUUUAUCCGACCAUGAAGAUCCAGCAACUCGACGAGCUUCAUCAGGUGCCCUGGCUAUUUUGGCAAACAGCAAAGAGGCAUGCGAUCGGAUUAUCAAGGUCGAUAAGGCAUAUGAGCGGAUCACUCGACUGCUAUCUGGCGAUGAAGAAGUUGAUAUCCAGCACCGUGGCAUUGAAGUGGUGCGAUGCGUGGUUGGGAACGAAGGCAAAGAAGCUGCCGAGGGAUUCGCUAAAGAACAAGCACAUGUUAGGUUGGCAGAAAUUGUCAUGAAAUGCCAAGUCAAUGUGGUCCGGACAGCUGCUAUGGAAGUGCUCAAGAUGUUUGUAGCAAAUGGUGUCCAAAUAAAAUAAUAGAAUUCGGUCAUUUUUGUGUGCUGGAU